CAUAAUCAUGUUUAUUACUGCCUCGCUCAUGUGAUAUGUCCUCGAUGUCUGUCACGUACGUCGGGAAGGUGCACAAAUGCCGCCCACCCGCCCGCAAUCGCAGGGCUGGGUUCCUCGCGACCUCAUUACCCAAGAUGACGAGGACUGAUAUUAGCAGAAUGGCACACCCGCACAUGGACAUGUAGUCGCUGAAUGUACGCUCUUUGUUAAAUUCCAAGCUUUUCGAAACUGACUGUCGGGGCGUGCAAAUCUCCCCAGAGCUGUGUCUCAUCAUCGAAGGUCGCAGCAAAAAUCACAGCAGAGCAGAAACCAUCGCACAUGCGACUAUCAGAACGCCAAAACAAGGACGCGUUGCAGCAGUGGCAGCAGCAGCAGCCAUGCGAAAGUCAACGCCGAAAUCUCGCCAUCCCAAACUCCAAAGCCAUGCAAAACUCCAAAACCCCUCGCGCGGGAACAAGACCAGAUAUCCUGCAGAGUCAAACGCCAUGCUUAAACACCAAACUUUUCCGAUCCCAUCUUCAUCCACAGUCCCAAAGCCAGCAUCUCAUCGACCUCAGCAGAGUCGCAUCCUCAGCACACUUCGCCAUGAGCAGCCAGCUCCACCACCUCGAACCUGCAAGAAGUCAGUAUCAUGGCCAGAGAGAAAAGGAAGGAAGGCAAGAGCUCACCAUGUCCACCUCCGCACAUCAUCACCAAGCACAAGCUCCAAGAAGUACAUCGAAAGCAUCACAAACCCCAGGAUUCUCAACCGAGCUGGAUUCAGGCGGUGGCGCAGAGUCUUCGAAUGGCCGGAACCGACUCUCAAUAUGCGCUACUUGCUUACCGCCCAUGACGAAUCUUACAGCUU